AUGUUCUCUCGAAGCAUCCUCGCCCUUUGCCUUGCAGCAACCGUCUAUGGUCACGGUGACCAUGGCGAUGCCCAAAAACAGGCCGACUCCGUGUUCUCCGGAAUCUCGACCUUUGGCCGCCUGCCUUACCAGCCGUGCCUGGGCGCAAAGGAUGUCAGAUACGACAUUGCCUUUAUUGGUGCACCCUUUGACACCGGCACUUCGUACCGUCCCGGUGCUCGCUUUGGCCCUUCGGGAAUCCGUCAGGGCUCCCGCCGCUUGAACCUCUACGGAGGUUACAACGUGCCUUUGGACACGAACCCCUUCAACAGCUGGGCUACUGUCCUGGACUGUGGGGAUAUCCCGGUUACAUCAUAUGACAACACCUGGGCCCUGCACCAGAUCGAGGAGGGCCACUUCAACAUCCUCUCUCGCCAGCCGGCGACCGAUGCGGCCAAGAAGGGGCCUGCGAAGAACGAGCGUACACUGCCUCGUGUGAUCACUUUGGGCGGUGACCAUACCAUCACCCUCCCCCUGCUGCGCUCCAUCAACCGCGCGUACGGCCCCGUCUCGGUCAUCCACUUUGAUAGCCAUCUCGACACAUGGCGCCCCAAGGUCUUUGGCGGCUCUCCAUCCGAGGUCGCCAGCAUCAACCACGGCACGUACUUCUACCACGCCUCGCAGGAGGGCCUGCUGCGCAAUGACUCCAACAUCCACGCCGGCAUCCGUACCACGCUCAGCGGGCCCAGCGACUACGAGAACGACGGUUACUGCGGCUUUGAGAUUGUCGAGGCCCGCGAGAUUGACACAAUCGGCACCGACGGCAUCAUCAAGCGCAUCAUCGAGCGCGUCGGUACAAAGAACCCGGUCUACCUGUCCCUGGACAUCGACACCCUCGACCCUGCGUUCGCCCCGGCUACCGGAACCCCCGAGACCGGCGGGUGGUCGACGCGUGAGCUCCGCACCAUCCUGCGCGGUUUGGAGAGCUUGAACUUGAUCGCUGCCGACAUUGUCGAGGUUGCUCCCGCCUACGACACGAAUGCUGAGCACACCACCAUGGCUGCCGCCGACGCAUUGUACGAGAUCAUGAGCAUCAUGGUCAAGCGCGGCCCCCUCAGCGCCAUGGUCAACCAGACGGAGGUCUACGAGGAGCUGUAA